AUGUCAUCUGUUAGCUAUUGCUUUAAUAUAUGUCGAUCAGUUGACAAAAAUAUAACUAAUCAACGACGAUGUUCAACAACCGUUACUCAACCACCUGAAAAUCCUUCCGAGACUGGUACUUUAAUAUUUGGACGUCGGUUUUCAUUCGGUGCUGUCCCACAGCCAAAUACUAAUCAUUCUUCUCAAAAUCAAAAUGAUUCAUCAUCAAAUCAAAGCUCAUCAUGA